UAAAAUGACGAGUGCUUCUGUGCUUGUCCUUGUGCUUGUGCUUGUGCUUGAUAGAGUGGACGAGAGAUGAAGGAAGAAAAAGGCAUGGAAUUCAAAACCACUCAAUUAUCAUUCACAAAUACUACUUCAAACUCCACCACCAUGCCAACCACCUCCACCACCAAGCGCCUCCUCUUCGACCGCCGCUACGGUUGGGUAAUUGAUGAAUGGAAAAACCCAUCUGAAGAAGCUCUUGCUGGUGGCCGUGGAAUGUUCUGCAUCGUCCCAAUUGCAAAAGGGUUGCUAGAAAUGGCCUCUAAUUCGAUAAGCGUUGUGGCAAACUCUGCAAUUGAAAUUCUGGAAAGACGUGACCGCUUCUGUCCUCAGCAGUUGCAAGCCACAGUCAGCAAUCAGCUUCAGCAACUGGCAGCUUCUAUACAGAAACCAGGCUUAACCUUGUUAAAGUUUAAGAGCAAACAUGCAGGAAAUGGUGACCUACAAGAACUGGAAACUGCCUAAGAAUGGAUUAGGCCUUGCUGUGUAUGCUGGUUUGGUUUUAGUAUUAAGAUGUUGGUCGCAUAUGAAACAUAUGAGUAUACAAUACGUCAAUACCGUUGCAGGCACACAUUUGGCCUUCCAUUCUGGUUUUUAUUACUCAGUUUUCGAGUUUGUGCUUGUUUCAGGUGAGAAGUUAGAUACGCAUUAGGUAAGAUUAUUUUCUGCAAAGAUAGAUUUAUAGUCGGUUUAAUGUUUAGGAUGUUUGACGUUUCAAGUUAUUUUAUUUUUUUUCCUCUUGCUGUAAAAGUUGUAGAAAAUUAUAGUUGUACUGUGUAUUAUUUUUGGAAAGUGCUUUAAACAAUUUGGUUAACUACAUGAAGUGCCUUUAAGAAGUUC